AUCCUUAUUUUGCAGUUUGUCUUGACUGAACAAUUUUGAGCAAGAAGUAUAUCUCAUAAUCUUGUUUAUUAACUUUGCUAAUUAAAAAAGUGACAUGCAGCACACUGAAAACUGCUGGGUUGUUUUGAAAAAAAAAAAAACUAAGUUGUUGGGUUAAAACUCUUGGACUGGUUUAACUAAAUGUGUUGAAAUGUUUGACCCAGUAGUUGGGUCAAAGAUAGAACUUAGUUAAAACCACUCAGGUCAGGCUCGGUCCAAAUUCGACCCAGCACUGGCUUACAAAUUGACUUGUUUGUAACCCACCCGCUUUUAGUGUGCACAAUAAAGCACAUAUCACACAUUUCUUACAGACUCUGAAACACUCAGAUUAGAGCAGAAUAUAAAGUAUAUUUGCUGUAAUUUCAUUCCUAAUCUGCUGUUGUACUCCACAAUGCCCCUCCCAUCUUUUCUGUCAUCCUGGAGAAGAAGGGGGGAAAGUCAUUAGGCACAAAUGGGGAGGAGAGAAACUGGUGGUUGCUAUAGCCAUGACAGUCAGGGCAGAGCUCCACACCACUGAGAGCUAGUGAGAGGACACCACCAGGGAGUAUCAGCACAGGGAAGACAAUACAUUUGCAGCUCAUUAAGUUGGAUAAACAAAUGGCAGACUGAUGGAUGCUGAGAGUCGUGGAUAUGAGCUGAAAGAUCUCGGAAAAUGGGAGCUGGAGGAGCAUUAAUGGGACUUCAUGAARCUCACUCAAAGAUGUCUGCUUGAGCGCAACCCUCGUCUCGCACCGAUCUAAAGUUGUUCACGAGAGGAACUGAGCGAGAGAGAUGGGCAACGCCGUGCGAGGCAUCGUCGCCUUCAUCCCCUCUGAGCGCUGUCAGCGCUUCAUGGUGGGGGACCUGAAGGAGAUGCCCCCGGACCGAACUCUGGACCUGAGCGGCCGUCAGCUGCGCCGGCUGCCCGUCGCCGCCUGCGUCUUCGACGAGCUGGUGAAGCUCUACCUGAGCGACAACAGCCUCAGCAGCCUGCCCGCCGAGCUGCAGGGCCUGAGGAGGCUGCAGCUCCUGGCCCUGGACUUUAACUGCCUCGAGGAGCUCCCCCCGGCCGUCUGCAGGUUGUCCCAGCUCAGCAUCCUGUACCUGGGCAACAACAGGUUACACUGCCUUCCCAGGGAGCUGCGAGAUCUUAGGGAACUUACAACUUUGUGGCUGGAGACGAACUGCUUCACGGAGUUCCCCGAGGUUAUCUGUGAGCUCACGAACCUGAAGACCCUGCACCUCGGUUACAACCUCAUCCGCAGUUUGCCGAGCGGUCUGAAACAGCUGCAGGAGCUGCGGAGCAUCUGGCUCGCGGGGAACCUGCUGACAGAGUUCCCACCGGUGUUGAUGGAAAUGCACUUUCUGGCCAUUAUAGACGUGGAUCGGAACAGAAUACGAUGCUUCCCAAACCUGUCGCACUUGAACGGCUUGAAACUCAUCAUAUACGACCACAAUCCCUGCGUCAACGCCCCGGUGGUGGGCGAGGGAGCCAGAAGGGUCGGGCGCUGGGCCGACAGCACSGACGACGAACAGGAAGAGGACGGGACGAAAGCAGGGGGCGAGACGGCCGAUGAGGCGGCGGAGGUCCAGCCUGAGGAGAAGCAAAAGGAUCAGGAGCAAGAAGGAGAGCUUCAGCUGUGACGAGGGGCUCAGACUCAGACUGUCAUCUGGUUUCAUCCAAAUACUUUAAAGUGCYUGUGACGUCAAUUUUUUGUCACWAAUUUGAAUUCAUUUUUGGAAAGACAACACUCAUGACAUGUUGCAAAACUAUUUUUAUGUUGCUGAGACGAACAGUCGUUGAGAUACUUGCAUGAGAAGUAACAGGAAGUGAUGUCGAAGGGGAAUGUCUGAAUGUGAACAGAGCGUCGCUACAACUGCUAACAAGACAGACUGUAGAGAAGAAUCUGAUGUUUCUGCACAUCAUUUUGAAUCACUACCAGACAGAGGUGAACAAUCAAAAAAUAAUGUUUCAAUAAACAAAGACCAGAGAGUUCUCUUUCUUAAAGAGUUCCCUUUUGAUGUCACUUCCUGUUUCAUUUUGGCUGAGCCAAGUUCAAAAGAAAAUAUGCCAGUUAAGGGACAAAAUAGGUAAAAYCACKCGUAUUAUGUCAAGUUUCUUAAAUAUAAAGAUGUUUUCUUUGACUUUGUAUAUUUGAAGAAYRYGCAUGUCACAGGUACUUUAAUGAUUCACAAAAAAUAAAACAGUUCUAAAACUGUGGCAUGUACAAGAUUAGGUUUAGACUUUUACUUAGCAUGCCAUGAACAAAGCCAAAGUUUUAGUCAUUUUAUCUUCAAGCGMAAGACGGAUUUCUUGCAGUAUUUUAAUGUAAUUUUACAAGUAUUAUAACACACGUGUAACAGCUGGUUUGUAUUUUACUUGAUAAAUUCAGCAAAGUGUUUGGUUGUUUCUGUGCCAUCGUGAUAACAUUAAGUCACAAUUUGACACCUGGGAGUUCUCACGCACUGAGAAUUGUUAAAAAGAACGUCAGUGCAGCCUGAAAUAGCUCCGGUACCUGCUGAGACUAAAAACAGCCGAGGUUGGAACAGAAAUGACGGAUGGUGGAAGUCGCUGACUGCACUCUUUAUCCUGACAAAUGCAUAAUUCAUCUGAUGGAUUGGAGCUGUGGUUUUGAAUAAAGACUUYUAAUGGACCUUAAUAUCAUCACCAAAAGCUUCUGGUUAGAAAGAGAUAAUGAAGGCGGUUUUGUUUUCCCCCAGUGUACCAGGAAAGAUGUUCUCUAAACAACAAUAAGUGCCAUUUUGCAGGAUGUGAUUGGAGGCGUUUUAGACCAUUUUUUAACAAGACAUUAAAAGUGUGGCAAAUCUGCUUUAUUUUGAAAAUUUGGGAUUUAAAUUUAAAAUUUAUUUGUUUCCACUUUUUUCCUCAGCUUUGUGUUGAACACAUUGGAAACUUUUUUUUUUGUGCUACCAUAAAAGGGUUGGGCGAUAUUGGCAAAAAAAAAAAAAAA